AUGCAGAAAUACGUUGCUCUAUAAGUAUAGCCGCUGUGGGAAAAAUAUCAAUUUGAAGAUAAUAUUGAUUCCGGUGCCUUUGGAUCAGUCAAAAAAGUAAAGAAUACAGAAGAUGGGAAAUUUUACGCAAUGAAAGUGCAAGAUAUUAAAAAGCUAAUGACAAGAGUACCUAAAAAUUACGGAAUUGAGAUGGUUCGCAUACUCAGAGAGAUCAACACAUUCAGACUAUGCCAUCCAAACAUUACAUAAUUCAAAGAAUCUUACUUCACCUUUGAAGAUCAGUUCGCCAUUGUUACAGAGCUUGCAGAAUCAAAUCUCAAAACAUAUAUCGAGAACACAGAGCUAAGCAAUGCUUAAAUUGCUGGUAUAAUGAUUUAGAUACUAAAAGGAACCAUUCAUCUCCACAACUAAAAUAUCAUGCACAGAGACCUAAGUCCUGAUAACAUCUUAGUUUUUGAAAAUGGCCAGAAGUUCAAAAUUUGUGAUUUCGGAAUGGCACAAUUACUGUCAAGUUCAAAUACUUAUGUUGGUAAACCAUAUUUCAAAGCACCAGAGAUAGAUUUAGGGACAGAUUUUAGAUAUAACAGUUAAGUUGAUAUCUGGUCUCUAGGAGUAAUACUGUACUACCUUUGCACAAAAGAAUAUCAAUACUAAAGCAAUUCAAUAGCCGAGAUAAAGAAGUAAGAUUAGGAAAAGAUUAUUACUCUUUAAGAUGAAUAGAAGAUAUUCGAGCAGCUCCUAAACAAAAUGCUUCAGUUAGAUCCUGCUCUGAGAAUAGAUGCAAUCUAGGUUCUUUAUGAACUUUGCAUUAUUGGUAAUGAACCUCUGGAAAAGCAUUUAGAAAUAGAGGAAGAAAAGGAAUAUAAUCACAAUCCUACUAGUAAUGUUGAUGUCAAAAGUGCUUUUGCUUAAACGAUAUAAUCAACCAAUGCUAUUUGGAAGAAUAAUUUAAAAGAUGGAUAUGGAAGAUAAAUAUAUGAUAUUGGAAGUUACUACAUUGGCGAGUUUAAAAAUGGUAAAAGAAAUGGAUAUGGGAAAUUUUAUUAUAAAGAUGGAAGUAUUUAUGAAGGGCAAUGGGUAAAUGAUAUAAAAGAAGGAUUAGGAUUUUAUAAAUGGAUUAAAGGUGAUUAAUACUGUGGAUAAUGGGUGAAUGGCUAGAGAAAAGGUGUAGGAGUAAGCACAUUAAAGAAUGGAGAUAUUUAUCUUGGAUAGUUCAUAAAUAAUUUGCAUCAUGGAAUACGUUUGUACAUUGCAAAGGAUGAUGGAUAAAUAGAAAUAAGGAAAUAUGAGAAUAAUAAUUUAAUAGAGACAUUGCUUAAAAUAGAGAAUGCUUAAAAGUGA